UGGAUCGUAUAUUAAAAUUUGAAUAAAAAUAUAUUCGUUUCACAAUACUUUCUCAAUUGCUCUUACAUAUCCGUUCCUAAACACGCGUUGGUGCGCAUUUUGGCAAAAAGCAGUAAAAUCCAAUUGUGAUUAUGCGACACGAAAGAGGCAACUCCUUACUGGCUAACGACCCGGCCGAUACCCCCUACACGUCCACUUAUACGUAAGUAAACAGAUAAGAAUUAAGCUAAAGUCAGAGAAUCACGCACCAGUAAUAAUGUGGAGUUGGAACUCGAAGCUUCAAUCGUAGGACACGAGCAACUGACCAGCAUUUUCCUUUAAUGCUAAAGCUCCGAUUACAUCGCUUUAACGGAUAAUCUUGCACGGAAAGCUUGGAUCACUGCACCCGGAUACAUGGAUUUUCGUGCGCUUAACAUGUACAGAAAUUUCGUAAAAGUUUCGGCUCACAGGCGCGAAAUUGCCGAGCGGCCGUCAAGAUGGCAGAGUCGCACCGAGGCGAGGGGCAACCAUCGGAAAACGCCUCAAAGGACUUACAACAGUGGGCCCGGCGUCUACGGGCAUCGGGAGAAGGCCCCAAGAGAAUUUGAAGUUCCAGACGAAGAGCUGAAGAUGCGCUCGAAAUACAGUAAUUUUUAUAGAUUUCUCAGCGCUUAUCGAGAACACGGCCAUAAGCAAGCAAACGUUAAUCCAAUUUCGCUCUCGAAGCCACCGCCGCCACUUCCCGAAUUGCAACCUCAAUGCUUCGGUCUCGAUUUAACCGACCACGUGCCAUUAAAGGGUCUACUGCACGUUGACAGAACUGAGGGAAGCGUGAGUGAGGCCAUUGGCAUUUUGAAAGCAAUUUACAGCAGCACGAUAUCUGCAGAAUUCAGUCAUCUCGAGACCGAGGAAGAGAGAGAAUGGUUUGCGAAAAAUUUUGAGGAGAGCUUUUACCAACCAAUCGACAACCAGACGAAACGAGCCAUAGCUCGAGAAAUGCUGAAGAGCCAAGCGUUCGAGAGAUUUCUGGCUGUGAAAUUCUCAAGCACGAAAAGAUACGGGGGCGAGGGAGCCGAGAGCAUGAUGGCUUUCUUUCACGAAUUGUUCAAGCAAGCAGCCAUUGAUACCCUGGAAGAAAUCGUCCUUUGUAUGCCGCAUCGCGGCCGCUUGAGCUUACUCGCUGGCAUCAUGAAGUUUCCCCUGGAGAAGCUCUUCAGCAAAUUAAGGGGUAUGCAGGAGUUCCCGGCGAGCGCCAAGGCCACCGGUGACGUAGCCACCCACUUCGUAUCGACGCUAGACUUUAGAGUGGACGGCCGCAGUGUCCGCGUGAGUAUGGUCCCGAAUCCCUCGCACUUGGAGGCUGUCAAUCCCGUCUCGAUGGGACGAACCAGAGCACUCAUGCAGAUACUCGGCGAUGGCGAUUACUCCGAGAAUAUCAACGCGCGUUGGAGCGACAAGGUGCUGAAUGUCCAGGUCCACGGUGACGCGGCUUAUCCGGGCCAAGAUAGUGGGACGCCGCAUUUCGAAAUCGGUGGCUCCAUUCACCUCGUGAUAAACAAUCAAUUAGGCUUUACAACCCCGGCAACCCGUGGCAGGUCCACGAGGUAUUGCACGGACUUGGCGAAAUUUGUCUCAUCGCCGGUCGUUCACGUGAAUGCGGAUGAUCCUGAGAUGGUUGUAAGAGCUGCGAGAAUAGCGUUCAACUAUCAGAGGACAUUCCGAAAAGAUGUUUUCGUGGAUUUAAAUUGUUUCAGGCUGUGGGGGCACAACGAACUAGACGAUCCGACCUUCACGAAUCCACUUGUCUAUAAAAUAAUACGCAACAGACCCUCGAUCCCCGAUCGUUAUUUGGCGGAAUUGGCGAGGACUAAAGUGCUGAGCCCCGAAGAAGGCGUUACGAUCCUCGGGCAAUAUACGGCCAAACUGGAAAAAGCCUUGCAGGUGGUGAACGCUUACGUGCCAGUGCCCACUUACUUCACCGGACGAUGGUCAUUGUUCAAACAAGCGGAAUCCUCGGUGACAACGUGGGACACGGGCGUGGACGUGAGUCUGCUGGAGUUCAUCGGCCGCAAGAGCGGCGACACGCCUUUUGAUAUUGAAGAAUUAAUUAAUCAUUACAUCCAUCCGCAGCUGCUCAAGUCCCACGUUCUCGCACGGCUGAAAAAGAUCGAGAUUGGAAAAAAGAUCGACUGGUCGACUGCGGAAGCCAUGGCCCUUGGGAGUCUGCUUUAUCAAGGCUACAAUGUGAGGAUAAGCGGGGAGGAUAUCGGCCGCGGGACUUUUUCACAAAGGCACGCCAUGCUGGUCGAUCAGAGGACGGAAGCGAUCUACAUACCCCUAAACUCCAUGGCGGAUAAUCAAACGGGCAAACUCGAGCUGGCAAACAGUAUUCUUUCGGAGGAGGCGGUGCUCGGCUACGAGUACGGUGUGAGCAUCACCCUGCCCAACACCCUGGCAAUCUGGGAGGCGCAGUUUGGCGACUUUGCCAACGGGGCGCAAUUGAUAAUCGACGUGUUCGUCACGAGCGGGGAGACCAAGUGGAUGACGUCGAGUGGCCUCACGAUCCUCCUGCCCCACGGUUACGACGGCGCCGGGCCCGAGCACAGCUCCUGCAAACUCGAGCGCUUCCUCCAGCUAACGGACAGUAAGGAAGACCGGCCCGACGGCGACGACGUCAACAUCCAGGUGGCUAAUCCCACGACACCGGCCCAGUACUUCCACCUGCUGAGGCGACAAAUGGUGAGGGAUUUUCGGAAGCCUUUAAUAGUCAUAGCCCCAAAGAUAUUACUGAGAAACAUUUUGGCUACAUCGACAUUUGAGGAAAUGGCUCCAGGCACGAAUUUUAGGCCCAUUAUAGGAUGCGAUAACAAGGUGAAUGAGGAUGCAGUCCGUAAAGUGAUACUAGUUAGUGGCAAACACUAUUACGCUCUUGAGAAAUACAGAGAGGCCGAAAGAAUUCAUGACGUAGCGAUUAUUAGAGUGGAGAGUCUAUGUCCUUUCCCGGUCGUUGAACUUAACGAAGAAAUACAAAAAUAUAAAAAUACAAAAACUUUUAUUUGGAGUCAAGAGGAACCACAAAAUAUGGGAGCUUGGACAUUUAUUAAGCCUCGAUUUGAAAAUCUAUGUGGCCGUCAAUUACGGUAUUCUGGGCGAGAGCCUCUAGCAUCGUCAGCUGUUGGCAUCGGCCAGUUACAUCAAUGUCAAUCGGAACAAGUUAUUGUCACGCCAUUUGCGAUGAAAUGACAUAUAAUUACAAUUAUUCACGCCAGCUACAGCAUAAAUAUUUAUUCGUUUAAUAAAAAUUUUCAUGUAUUUUAAUCAUAUUCUACAGUUUGUUUUACUACUACACUCAUAGAUUUUAAUACAAAUGUGUAGCGAACGAUAAACUCUGUAAUUAUGUAUAAUUAAUUAUGAUUGAUAUUCGUAUGGAAUUUUUUCUCCUCUUUUCUUUUUU